AUGGAACCGACAGAAGAUCUCUUUUCUAUACUUUUUUGUGCGGAUCAAUACCUCUACUCUCCCACCUCAACCGAAGCAAAUACAGACAUGGAACCGACAAAAGAUCUCUUUUCUAUACUUUGUGCGGAUCAGACCCAAUACCUCUGCUCUCCCACCUCAACCGAAGCAAAUACAGACAUGGAACCGACAGAAGAUCUCUUUUCUAUACUUUGUGCGGAUCAGACCCAAUACCUCUGCUCUCCCACUUUGACCGAAGCAAAUAUACACAUGGAAUCGACAGAAGAACCCAUCUCUACACUUUGUGUGGAUCAGACCCAAUACCUCUGCUCUCCCACUUUGACCGAAGCAAAUAUACACAUGGAAUCGACAGAAGAACCCAUCUCUACACUUUGUGUGGAUCAGACCCAAUACCUCUGCUCUCCCACUUUGACCGAAGCAAAUAUACACAUGGAAUCGACAGAAGAACCCAUCUCUACACUUU